AAGAGAAUGGCAAUGUCUACAAGCAAGGAUGCCAAAGACCUUUUCAAUGCUCUUUGGUCUGCUUAUUCUGCAAGCCCCAUAAAUCUCAAGAUCAUUGACCUCUAUGUCGGGUUCGCCAUUUCCACUGCCAUCAUUCAGGUAGUUUACAUGGCUUUGGUGGGAUCAUUUCCAUUUAAUUCCUUCCUUUCAGGAGUACUUUCUUGCAUAGGGAGUGCAGUUCUGGCUAUUUGUCUCCGGAUCCAACUGAAUAAAGACAAUAAGGAAUUCAAGGAUCAACCACCUGAGCGUGCUUUUGCAGAUUUUGUUCUGAGCAAUUUGGUGCUCCAUUUGGUGAUCAUGAACUUCAUCGGUUGAAUUGGCUUCUGUGUGGCAAUGAUUUACUUGCUCCAUUUGCAUGAUACCACUUAUGAAGAUGAAACAAUAAUACAAGUCACAUGUAGGUGUAGGUGUACUGUGGCUGUGGCUCAUGAAUCAGAAUUCAUGAUGUAUUUCUUUUUUUUUGACCAAAAGAUUCAGGAACUCAAGCAGCUUAUAACUUAAGAAAUGCAUAAAUAUCCUUUAUCAAUCCAUCUCUAUUCUUUCCUAGUCCAGUAGUCCUCACUUUACAUUGCCACCAUGGCUUCUUUCAAUAACUCCCCCAUUGGCUUACUCACCUAGCUCUCCCUAAGCCAAUCCUAUUUGUUAUGGAUUCUAUAUUGUAGUUUGAUGAAU